GCAGCCCCUUUAAAUAGCCAGCGCCCCCCUGCACCCAGCAGCCGCGAGCCCCCCGCCACCCGCGGGAUACCUGCGCACGGCUUCUGACAACUCCCGCAAGUCUCAGCCAGCAUGGAUGCGUCCUGCUCCCCGCCGCUGGCUCAUCCAUUGUGAGAGGUCACCGGGGAUCGUCGGCGAGCGGCCGAAGAGACGGUAGGAAGCGCCGGUGCACUUGCUAAAUGCGGGGGGCUUCCCUGAACUUGUCACUUUAGAAGCAGCAACAUGUGGUCCGAGUCCGGGUUCCUGUGCCUCGCAGUGUGCCUGCUCCAGCUGCGGGAGGUCAUCACCAGGAGGAUCCCGAUGGACACUGGGCAGUGCGGACUGCCCAAGUCGCAAGAAGACUUGAACUCUUUCCUAUGGACUAUUAAGAGACACCCGCCUGCGUAUCUUUUUGGGACUAUACAUGUUCCUUAUACAAGGGUAUGGGACUUUAUCCCACAGAACUCCAAGAAAGCUUUCCAGGACAGCAACAAUGUGUAUUUUGAGCUUGAUCUCACGGACCCUUUCACUAUCUCAGCCUUGGCCAGCUGUCAGAUGCUUCCACAGGGGGAGAACCUGCAAGAUGUUUUACCCAAGGAUUUGUACAGGAGACUGAAGAGACACUUGGAGUAUGUGAAGCACAUGAUGCCCCACUGGAUGACCCCAGAUCAGAGAGGCAAGGGUCUUUAUGCGGAUUACCUCUUCAACGCCAUCGCUGGGAACUGGGAGAGAAAGAGACCUGUUUGGGUUAUGCUGAUGGUCAAUUCUCUAACAGAGGCGGACAUCAGGUCAAGAGGGGUACCGGUUUUGGAUCUCUAUUUGGCUCAAGAAGCUGAUAGGAUGCGGAAGAGGACCGGAGCUGUAGAGAGGGUAGAGGAACAGUGUCACCCCCUCAACAGGUUAAACCUGUCCCAGGUAUUGUUUGCCUUAAAUCAGACACUGCUACAACAUGAAAGUCUGAGGGCAGGAAGUUUUCAAGCUCCGUACACUACAGAAGAUCUCAUCAAGCAUUACAACUGUGGGGACCUCAAUUCCAUCAUAUUCAACCAUGAUUCAUCUCAGGUUCCCCAUUUCAUCAACACCACUCUCCCACCACAUGAGAUGGUGACAGCUCAGGAGAUUGAUAUCUACUUUAGACAGGAGCUGAUUUACAAGAGGAAUGAGAGGAUGGCAAAGAGGGUGAUGGCCCUUCUCAAGGAAAACAGAGACAGGAGCUUCUUCUUCGCCUUUGGAGCAGGUCACUUUCUUGGAAAUAAUACAGUCAUUGAUGUUCUGAGACAAGGUGGAUAUGAGGUUGAACAUACUCCUUCAGGACAACAAGUUCCAGACACCAAACAGUUUGGAAGCCCAAGCUUGGACGAUUUUCUGGGCACCGAAGCUCCAGCAAUGCCAUACUUUGAUCAUACCCCAUCUGUGUCCUCAUUCCCUGACGAAGCUGACGAUGAUAUGCUUCCUCCACACCUCCUUUUACCAGACAGUAUUAGUCAGCUGGAGGAGUUUGGAAAACAGAGCAACUGGCACAGAAAACAUCACAGAAACCAUCGCCGCCGGCAGUUUAAUGACCUCUGGGUUCGUUUGGAUGACAGUACAACCACGGUGCUUCCAGACACCAGAAACACCAAAGGCAAGGAAUCUGCAGAGACUCUGGUUUGGCUUUCCAGGCAACAAGAAGGACAGACUCAUCUGGCCAUUAAACUGUCCAACGUACCAAGCAAUGCUGCCCCUGUUCUCCAUUCACUUCUCCCUGCAUUGCUUUCUGCUCUAUUAACUAUGUGCUUCAUCACAGCAAUGAGAAGAGCCUCCUGACACAGCUCGCUGAAGGAGAAAGCUCCAGGGCCACCACAGCUAAUCAAGCCGUUAUAUUAACAGAGAGAGGCUAAGACCCGACUGGGAAUUAUUUGGAUGUGAAAUCAAUAAACUCACAACAGAACUUUUAGUGGAACAUGUAAUUUUUUGGAAGACCAAGAAUUUUUUUUGUUCUAUUUCACUCCUAACUCUCAAAUGACUGAAUUAUAAGAUUGGCGUUCGGCGUUAAGUGAGGUCUCUUGAUAAUUUUUUUGGACGUGUUUGUCAACAAUACGCUUUUCCCUGUUAUCGCAAAAAAGGGAUAUCCUACAGGGAUCAAUCAGGACAUUUUCCGUUGAUGUGUUCCUGAAAGUAAGCUACCCUGGCCUCAGGAAUGGAACUUGGCAGUACAAAUCUCAGCAGUCAGGACCCUGAUGAGUUCAAUGUUUAGACUUGGCAAAAAAAAACAA